AUGUCGACUUCUGAGAUAUCUCCAGAUGCCGAGUCUGGCACACGACCUGUCUACAAGGUCUAUAAGCGACGCUUCUGGGGCCUGGCUCAGCUGGUGCUUUUGAAUAUCGUUGUCAGUUGGGAUUGGUUGACCUUUUCGUCUAUUUCGACGACGGCUGCGGGGUACUUCGAUGUCUCGGAAAGCGCCAUCAAUUGGAUGAGCACUGCCUACCUUUUUGCCUUUUGCGUCGUUAGCCCCCUCGUCAUCUACAUCCUGAACAAAGGCGGCCCUAAGCCCGCUAUAGUCACCACUGCUGCCCUCCUACUUGUUGGUAACUGGCUCAGGUAUGCUGGUACCAGAGCAAAUGGUGGCAUCUUCGGACUGGCCAUGUUCGGUCAGAUCCUAAUUGGAUUUGCGCAACCCUUCUGCCUCUGCGCACCAACGAGAUACAGCGAGCUCUGGUUCUCGGAUCGAGGCCGAACGAGCGCAACAGCAGUCGCCAGCCUAGCAAAUCCGCUCGGCGCAGCGCUGGGCCAGCUGAUUGAUUCGGAAUGGGCGACAAAACCCUCCGAUAUCCCCGACAUGGUCCUAUACAUCUCCAUCAUCUCCAGCGUCGCAGCCAUCCCAUCAUUCUUCCUCCCAUCCGCACCACCAACACCACCAAGUGCCUCGUCAGCAAUUCCCCACACGCCCCUUGGCACCGCAACCCGCCAACUAAUCACCACUUGGGAAUUCUGGCAAAUCCUGAUCCCCUUCUCCGUAUACGUGGGUUUUUUCAACAGCGUCUCAUCCCUCCUCAACCAGAUUCUAAGCCCAUACAACUUCACCGAAACAGAAGCUGGCAUCGCCGGCGCAAUCCUCAUCGUCGUCGGCCUGGUAACAGCAGCAAUCAUGUCACCCAUCAUAGACCGCUACAAACACUAUCUCGGCAGCAUCCGUGCCCUUGUGCCCAUCGUUGCGGUCACUUAUAUAGGGCUAAUCUUUGCCCCAUCCAGUCCAGCCGGUAUCCCGCCUUCGUACGUGGUCAUGGCGAUACUGGGCGCAUCGUCAUUUGCGCUUUUGCCCAUUGUUCUGGAGUACCUGGCUGAGAUCACGUAUCCGCUUUCGUCUGAAAUCGGAAGUACCAUUUGCUGGACGGGUGGGCAGUUGCUUGGUGCUUGCUUCAUCCUGAUUCAGGAUGCGUUGAAGGCGGGUGAUGAUGCUAGUCCCCCGUCGAAUAUGCGGAACUCGUUGAUCUUUGCGGCUGUGGUUGCUGUGGUCGCGGCGCCGUUUCCGUUGACGAUUGGGCUUUUCGGUAGGGUUGUUCAGCGGCGCAGGCUGGAGGUUGAUCGGGGCAUUGAGUUGCGGGAGCCGAGCACUGGUAGUCCUGAUGAUCGUGUAAAGAAGAUUGAUACCGGUGGUGAUAUAGAGACUUUCAUCAAGUCUUGA